AUUCAUUCUAGAAAGAUGCUUCUUAGCCUUGUCACAUUAACUCAUAAGUAGCAGAGAGUUGGAAGCCGACACAGCUGCAGACAAUGAAUUUCCCUCCAGAACUUUACAGAACCGACUUUAAUAAAUCCAAGAAUGGCGAAGAACAUAGAACGCAAGUCAUCCGGAGCAAAGAGCUUAUUAUCCGUCGAGGACAGCCAUUUACCGUAACACUGCUGUUUCGCUAUCGAGCAAGAGAAGAGAAACUUGAGAACUUGAAAAUUAUAGCAGAAACAGGUCCAUAUCCAUCACCUCAGGCCGGCACCCAAACCCAGUUUCCGGUAUCUGAAGUCCGAGGUAACAAGUGGUGGAGCGCAGAGGUGGACACCAGCAAUGACGUUGGGAAUGGAGUUUCUCUGUCAAUCAGAAUAUGUUCUCCGGCAGCAGCUUGCGUUGGGCGCUAUAGCUUGUAUCUGGGAGGAACAUAUUGGGGAACCCAACAGUCUUUCUUCUUGGGGACUAUUGUUCUUCUUUUCAACCCAUGGUGUCCAGAUGACGAUGUCUUCCUAGAUAACGAGACACUCAGACAAGAGUAUGUAAUGAACGAAAAUGGAUUUUUAUAUCAAGGAAGCAAGGAUUUCAUCCAAAAUGUUCCAUGGAACUUUGGACAGUUUGAGGAUGGAGUGGGUGAUAUCUGCCUGAAGAUACUAGAUAUGAGUCCCAGUUUUCUGAAGGACCCGGCAAAAGAUUGUUCGAAAAGAGGAGAUCCUGUAUACGUCAGUCGAAUUAUCUCUGCUAUGAUUAAUUCUAAUGAUGAUCAAGGUGUCAUCGAGUCCUCUUGGGAUGAGUACUUCAGAAGUGGCACAAAUCCAAGCAGUUGGAAUGGGAGCGUCGCCAUACUGCGGCUCUGGCUUCGAAGUAACUGUAGACCUGUUAGAUACGGCCAGUGCUGGGUCUUGGCAGGAGUUAUGUGUACAGUUAUGAGGUUCCUAGGAAUCCCAACUAGAGUCAUAACAAACUUCGAGUCUGCUCAUGACACAAACUACAGUCUAUCAGUUGAUGAGUAUUAUGAUGAAACAGGAAAAAAACUGGAGGCAACAGAAGGAGACAGUGUCUGGAAUUUUCACGUCUGGAAUGAAUGUUGGAUGGCAAGACGGGAUCUUCGUUCAGGGUAUGAUGGAUGGCAGGUUUUGGAUGCCACACCACAGGAGAUCAGUGGAGGUACAUAUUGCUGUGGUCCAGCUCCCGUGAAAGCUGUCAAGGAAGGUGAUGUAGACGUGGAUUAUGAUGUUCCCUUUGUGUUUGCUGAGGUCAACGGUGAUAUUAUUCACUGGGUUGUCAGAGAAAAUGGAUUGGAAAGAGGGCAAACGGACACACUCUCCAUUGGUAAACACAUUAGCACAAAAAGUGUUGGGAGCAACACCAGAGAAGAUAUAACCAGCCAAUACAAGUAUGCGGAAGGUUCUCAAGAAGAGAGAAAUGUGUUUGAAAAAGCACUCCUUAAAAUGAAGACUACGAAGCCGUAUAAAACAUCAGAGUCCGUUGUGGCUCUGGAUUUUGAUGUCUCCUUGAAGUUGGUGGAGUCACCACUGAUUGGACAAACCAUUUUACUCAUUUAUCGAAUUUUCAACAAAACCCGUGAGAGCAAGGAAUACUCAGUCAGCGUCAGUGCCCAAGAGAUGCAGUAUAAUGGGAAACCUCUGGAACAGUUUUGGAAAGAGAAAUUUGACAUGGAUGUAAACCCCAACAGAGCCAUGGAAAAAAGCUUCCAGCUUCAUCCAGUCCAUUAUCAGAGAUAUGUAAGAUCGGGAAACAACAUCAGAGUCACUGCAUUGGCUACAGAUCUCAAGACCAAAAAAAUUAAGUUAGCCGUUAAGAACAUCAUAUUUGAAAUGCCUGCCAUCGAUGUCAAGGUUUAUGGAAAACCACAACUCUACCAGCCUCUGAGUAUCAUGCUGAACUUCGCAAAUCCUUCCAAUGAUAUACUCAGCAACUGCGUCAUGACUGCUGAAGGUGCUGGGCUAACCCCAAACGGACCAAUCAUUGUAUAUAUGGACCAGAUUUUUCCACGCCGCUCUGGCUAUGUGAAGAUCUUCUGUGUACCAGUUAAGAGUGGAAAGCUACAGCUUGAAGUAAAUUUUUCUAGUGAUAAGAUCAAAUUUGUUAAGGGAAGUGCCGCCAUUGAAGUACCCUGGUUGUAGCUGGUGGAUCUCUUUGGAAACAAUUUGAUAGAUUUGAUAUCUUUUUUUAUACCAGAAGAACAUCAGGACUCACCAGUUCCCUUAUAUUGGA